AUCCUGGUAAUGGUGAUGGCGGUCGGUGGGUGGCAGCAGUCAGCCUCUGGACAAUGGUGGGCAAGUAGUGACCGGAAUGGUAGAGAGAUGAAUGACUUAGCCCGUAAGGUAGACGCCUCAUUCUCGCCUAAAUCCUCCCCCAGGGGCUCGAGAUCACCCAUGGCCAACCAAAUGCUGUCAAGAAAUGAUUCCACUGGUACUCUGAAAAUGACCAUCUCGGCCGGGAAGCACCCUGCAGUUGUUCACUCUGGGCCUUUCUAUCUCAUGAAAGACCCAGCCACAGAAAAUGAGCUGACUGGUGCAACAAACUUGAUGGCCCACUUCAACCUUGAACAUUCCUACAACAAGUUCACAGGCAAAAAGGUACGAGAUUCAUUGUCAUCCUUUCUGCCUACUCUUCCUGGCAUCAUCGACACACCUGCACACCUCACAAAUUCAUCACUCCGAUCACUCAUUGAAAAGCCACCGGUCUUCAAAGAAUUUACCUUACUUAAUCAUCACCAGCUUGCUGCCUUUCGCCUUCACCCUGGCCCUCUGCCUGAACAAUACCGUUUCAUGAAUCAACCUCCUGGCCAGCGGAAACACAGGAAGCACAAGAAACACAAGUACCGACCAGGUGAGACCCCAACACAGGAUGGCUCUGCAGAUGGAGCAGACAUGCAUGAGAAGAAACACAAAAAGAAAAAGAAUGAUGAUGAUAAGGAAAGGAAGAAAAAGAAGAAAGAAAAGAAAAAGAAGAAGCAAAAGCACAGUCCAGAGCACCCAGGAGUUUCUGGAAGUGAUCCUAAUAGAAUUACUCUAUGAGUAUAUAACAUUGGAACUGUCAGGAGUUACCAUCAAUACAUAUACGUACUGUACUCUUAUAUUAGAGAAACAUAUUUGAGAGUUCAUUGCCAGAAGAUCUUCCUAAAGUGAUGUUAUCCAGUUUUAAGAUCCAGUAGGGAAGUUGGAAAUAUUUUACUGAAAGAAGAUUGGCCUUUUCUCAUUUUUGGGUAUAAAUUAUAUAUUUAUAUGUAUAGUUUCAUACCACAUCUCAUUUAUAACUUUAAUAUUGUAAUACUGCUUGAUAGCUCUGUAUUGGAAAUAUGCAAUUGAUUGAAGAAUAUUGUAUGAAAAAAUACUGAAGGAACUUCUUAAUAAUAGAUGAAAUAAGAAUGGAAAUGCAGAAUAUUGUUGAAAUUUUA